CGUUUCCAUAGCAGCGGCGCAGUGUCAGAGUUGGGCCGCCCAGUACGGAAGCGCCGGCUCUUCCUGACACAAGAGGUUGGAGAGCGAAAGCGGCAGGAAGAACCGAAAGAGAGCCGGGCACCACGGAGCGCUGGACACGGGGUUCGUUUACCUUGAGCUCGGGAUUUGUCUUGCAUCUUAAACCAAAAUGAAAAAAAUGCCUUUGUUCAGUAAGUCACACAAGAAUCCUGUGGAGAUAGUGAAAACUCUCAAGGAAAACAUGAACUUGUUAGAGAAGCAGGAUAAGAAAACAGAAAAGGCCUCCGAAGAGGUCUCCAAAUCCCUCCAAGCCACAAAGGAGAUUCUGUGUGGUACAGGAGACAAGGAACCGCAGACAGAAACCGUUGCUCUGCUCGCGCAAGAACUGUAUAACAGCGGCCUGCUGGUGAUGUUAAUCGCCAACCUGCAUCUCAUAGACUUUGAGGGCAAGAAGGAUGUGUCGCAGAUAUUCAACAAUAUCUUGAGACGACAGAUUGGAACCAGAAGUCCCACGGUGGAGUAUAUCAGCUCCCAUCAACAUAUCCUCUUUAUGCUGCUCAAAGGAUAUGAAUCUGCCCAAGUGGCCCUUCAUUGUGGAAUCAUGCUCCGGGAAUGCGUCCGUCACGAGCCGCUUGCCAAAACCGUUCUUUACUCUGAGCACUUUGCGGACUUUUUUAAAUAUGUGGAAAUGUCAACAUUCGACAUAGCUUCAGAUGCCUUUGCUACAUUUAAGGACUUGCUGACAAGACACAAGCUGGUGGUAGCAGAAUUUCUAGAACAGAACUACGAUAGCAUAUUUAAUGAAUAUGAAAAGCUUUUGCACUCUGAAAACUAUGUGACGAAAAGGCAGUCACUAAAGCUGCUAGGUGAGCUGCUCCUGGAUCGACACAACUUUUCCAUCAUGACAAAAUACAUAAGUAAACCAGAAAAUCUGAAGCUCAUGAUGAAUCUCCUAAGAGAUAAAAGCCCAAACAUUCAGUUUGAAGCAUUCCACGUGUUUAAGGUAUUUGUCGCAAAUCCAAACAAAACACAGCCGAUUGUGGACAUCCUGUUAAAAAACCAGACCAAGUUGAUCGAGUUCCUGAGCAGCUUCCAAAAGGAGAGAACAGACGAUGAACAAUUCUCCGAUGAAAAGAAUUACUUGAUCAAGCAAAUCCGAGACUUGAAAAAGCCCACCCCAUGAAGAUUUUAUGCUACUGGCAUCUAACGAAAAAUAAGUGUUUAAAAAAAAAAAAUUGUCAUGGCAUGGUCAGUGCCUAUGUUUUUGUUUCAAAUUAGUUUAUUAGCUGCCAAGAGUGUAAAAGUUUUAUAUUAAAACUACAAAAAAAAAAUACGACUAGGUAAACACGUUCUUCUUAAUCAGGUGUCUUCGGGUAUGGAGUUGAAGCUGGCAUAUACGCGAUUGUCCUCACAAGAAAAUGACAUUAGGGGACUUCUUCCAGCUUGCAGUUGCGAUAGUGAUUUGACUUGUGACGCCGUAAACUUUAAAGAUUUUGGAAAUAUUUAUCUUCAGCACUUCUAGUAAACUGAUGGUGUCCUUUAGUAUUAAAUGUGGAUGUGAUUAGAAUUAU